AUGGCUGCCCUUCCACCUCUCCCUCCUAUUCGCGAGAAUAAUGUCGCUGGGUCCGUUGUGAGAAACGCACCCUCAGGUCGACUUGCACGAUGGCAACCUUACUUUGCGAACUGCCAUUCUAUCCCCAACAAAAGGGCUCUGCCUACCCUCAUCCGAUUGCGCCAACUUCCAACUUCCCCUGUGCGUUCGGCCGCGGGAUCUGAUACCCUACCACAAUCCACAAUCUCGAAUAACCAACUCAGUGAUACACCAACCAAAUCCACCCGGGAGCGCUCGCAGCUGCCCACCCCAAGCUCAUCACCCCCUGGUACACCUCCCACGCUCCUCGAGCAAACAAGUUCCAACUACGUUUUGGAACUUUCCCUUGCCAUACUGGCAUCAAUCUACUUUCAGCCAGGCUGUCAGCAGGCCCUACCUAAUAUCACCUCACCCAGAUGUGACAAAGAUUUAGGGACACGCGCUGCAAGCCCAAGUACUCCUACAAUUUUGACCCCCACGCUUAAGCCAUCCGCUCUCUCGCCCGUCACACCGACACUGGUACGACAGAUUAUGCCCUCCCAACGGGCACAAAAAAACGUUGCCCCACUCACGCCUCAAUCACCUCCUGCCCCAAAGCAAACAAAUCUUCCGCCUCUCCCGUCAGUCUUCCAGACAGAACAGCCAAUUCACGUCCAAUCCCUUCCAUCCAAAAGGGAGCUCGCACGACACCUUAGUGCUCUCGGGGUUCUCGAACCUCAGCCCGGAGCAGCGCCGGCAGGAAGUAUGCGCUGGUUCCUCUCUGAGUUAUUCAAGCGGGCCGCACUGCCUGGGCUGAUCAUCCGAGUAGCCGCCGGCUAUGUUCUUCGCUGCCGUGCGGCUAUCAAUCGUGCGAUGCAGUCUGUUGCGCUCAAGAAUAAACUCCUCGCCACAAUCCCGGGUGUCUUACUUCCGCCUGCCGAUAGGACCCCACAAGAGCGAGUCCUUACCGACGCUCGUCGAGUAUUUUUGGCCGCUCUGGUACUAGCUUGCAAAUUCGUGUUUGACAAGCCGUAUGACAAUCGGUCAUGGUCCCUUAUCAGCGGGUUGGGCAGCCGUGAUAUUGGAGAAUGCGAACGAGUUGUUGGUGACGUGUUAGGCUGGAGGCUCUGGAUUGGUGCUGGCCGCGCACCUCAUACGCAAUGA